AUGACGGCAAACGAAUUCAACAACCAGUUGGAAGAUGAAAAAUGGCUUCAGAAGGCGUUUCACGACAACAAGGAGACGUUAUGGCCAAGAGAAGCAGGUGAAUUCGUGGCCAAACACACAAAAGUGAUUAAGUUGAACGAAAAGAAAGUUGAUGAGGUGGCUGAAAUGGUAAGAUUUUUGUUUUUGAAGGAAAAGAUGAAAAUUUUGAAGAAAACUUUGUUACCUACAACAUAAUAUUUUAAGUUAUGAGUUUGCUAGGCAAUGUAAAACAAAUAUUUUAAGGUGUACGAAGAAAUAAAAGCUGGAGCAUUCGAAAAAGGUGAAUUUAAUGAGCACGAACUUCAUCCAAAGUUCGACGAUCCAGAACGAAUGGCUAGGUGGUAUGUUAACAUUGUUUAUUUUGUUUUAUUUUUAGGUCAAACUUCUACAAAAUAACGAUAGAAUCUUUUAGGGUCUUGUUCAUAGACUCUGUAAACUAUUGUUUUUGGCACGGAUAUAACAAAGGCGUUGAAUAUAAUGGAAAAACUUACACUGGGUAUUACUUUGGAGCUGCUUGUUUGAAAAGAGCGUUAGACGAUCAUGGUAUUGACGUUACUGAGCCAAGUUACAUGAUAAGGAUGGAUACUGAGAAGUUUGAGAAGCUUUUUAGAGGAAAAUGUAAGAUUUUUGGUUUAAAUUGAUAACUUAUGGCACAUUUUUUGAUAUUGCACUUGGUUUUAGCGAUGAUGGUGAAUAUUUUUGUUUAUAACGUAAAAUUUUGGACUUUUAGCAACCUUACCCUUUAAUAUAUGAAUAAAUAGGCGAUGUAAAACAUUUUAAAAGUUUAUUUUCAGUGCCAAUGGGCCUGUCUCAUCUCCGAGCACGUUCGAUAGCUGAAGCGGGUAGAGUAAUAUUGGAAAAAUACGAUGGUAAAGUGCUAAAUCUAUUGAAAGCGGCUGAUAAUAGUGCUGUAAAGCUAGUGAAGAUACUAGUAAGGGAUUUUAAAAGCUAUAGAGACUGUUGUGUUUACAAGGGAAAGAGGUGUAAGUUGUUUUAGAAACGAUGUUUGCUUUUUAUUCGAAUUCUUUGAGAUUUUUCAAUGUUUUUGGUUGAGAUAACGUUCCUAUGAGUGAAUGAUAAGUAGUAUUGGUUUGGAUUUUCAGUGAUGAUUCUAAAAAAGAGCUCAAAUUUUUACGAAUGAUGUGUAUUCUGCUUUAAAGGACAACCCAAAAGCUUCAAGUUUGGUCAAUUUUACUGAUUUUGGGUAAGUUUAACGCCGUUUUCAGCUUAAUUUUUGUUUCUUUAGGUAACUUUUUAUAGUAAAAUAUUUGUAAAAAAUAAUUUUUUUGAAUUCAGGGAGCUCACCAUGUUUGCCGACUACCGUGUGCCACAGAUAAUGUGUCAUUUGGGCGUGUUAGAGUACUCUAAACAGUUCCAAGACAUUUUGAAGCGCUUCACACCGAUUCGAAAAGGUUCUCGGACUGAAGUUGCUAUUCGAGGAAUGUCAAUUUAUGCUUGUGAUGUGAGUUCAUUUUUUACGGGUUUUUUAGUCUAUUUUUUAUAUUGUAUUGAUACUAUAGGAAGGGCUGGAAAAAUCUAAAAGUCUUUACCUAAAACUUAAAGUUGUUGAAAAAUUGUUACCUAAAAUUUUCAAAAUGUCUAAAAGUCUUCAAAAUGUUACCUAAAUUUGUCUAUUGGUCUAAAGAGCUUGAAAUUAUAUAUACUUAAAAUUGAAUUUUUGUCAAAUUGUUACCUAAACUUUGUAAGAUGUCUAAACGUUACAUAAAUCCCUCCCAAAUCUAAAACUUGUAGGAGCUAACAAAAAAAGUAAAGCAACUAGAAGAAAAACUUGGUAAACUACAUCGACCAGUCACUGCCGCUGAUAUUGAUGUAUUUUUAUGGUUAAAACGUCGUGAGAUUCCUGAUCAAGUUGAGAAAACCACGCCUCAUCACCGUGUUGUGACUUGGUUCUAUUAG